CAUUGUAAAAAUACAACCAUAUAAAUAACAGCUGUAUUUACAUUUCAGAGAGAGGAACAGUACUCCACCCGCUAGUGUCUUCUCUUCCUGUACAACAAUGGCAACAGUGGAGCUCAAACCCUCUCGAUCAAAUCGCAUUUACCGACCAUCUUCUGAACCUUUUGAUGGCAAAAUCGUAAUAAGCUCUCCUUCUUCGAUCUCUCACUAUGGAAUCCGCCUCAGCAUCAAUGGUUCCGUUAAUAUGCAGGUGCGUGGGGGUUCUGCUGGAGUUAUUGAAUCUCUAUAUGGUGUUGUUAAGCCCAUCACCAUUGUUAAUAAGAGUGUUGAGAUUAAAUCCUCUGGAAAGAUUGCUCCGGGUAGAAUGGAGAUACCAUUUUCUGUAGCCUUGAGACAGUGUGGAGAAGAAAGUAUGGAAAGAUUUUACGAAACCUUCCAUGGAUCAAACAUUAGUAUCCAGUAUUUGGUAACUGUAGAUAUUUUGAGAGGAUACCUACAUAAAUCAUUAUCUACAACGAUGGAAUUCAUAAUACAAAGCGAUAAAGCUGAACUUCUUAACCGAACAGUUUCUCCCGAGAUAGUUAUCUUUUACAUUACUCAGGACACUCAGAGACACCCUUUGCUUCCUGAAUUGAGAUCAGGUGGCUUUCGGGUAACAGGAAAGAUGUCCACUCAGUGCUGUUUGUCAGAUCCUAUCUCUGGAGAGCUAACAGUAGAAGCAUCCGCCGUUCCCAUUCGCUCGAUUGAUAUCCACUUACUCCGUGUAGAAUCUAUUCUUCUUGGAGAGAAAAUUGUGACCGAGACUUCUUUAAUUCAGUCUACACAGAUAGCAGAUGGAGAUGUCUGUCGUAAUAUGACUCUGCCAAUCUAUGUCAUACUACCCCGGCUUUUGACUUGUCCAACUGCCUUAGCUGGGCCAUUCUCAAUUGAGUUCAAAGUUACCGUAGUUAUCAACUUCGAGUCAAAGCUGUCCAAAGUGCAAUCAAAAUUUGAUCCAACUACUCCUAGACUCUGGCUGGCUAUGGAAUCUCUACCCCUUGAACUUGUUCGAACAAAGUGAAAUGAUCUGCGUGGAGUCGUCUAUUUAUCAGGCUAUCCUUUGUAUACAGUUUUCCCUUUUUCCCUUUGUUUUAUUGCUUACUAUACCCUUCUGGUUGUUGGUACAAUUAGAUGAAUGCGCCACUAAUGUCCAUCAAAUUUUUGUCAGAACUGCUUUAUGCUUGGUUACAACAGUUCAAGAAGUAAAUUUGAACAUAAUCUUCAACUUCCAAAUGUCAAAUCUCUUGAUUUCAGUGAAUAUGAAAAUACACGCAGCAGAAAUCCUAAUGUGUGCAGGUGGUGAGGUGCCCAACCACUCGACCCCUUAUGACAUGCUACUUGCUAGAUUUUGUGAUAGAAGGCAUUUUGGUGAAGAUUUGGGGAACAUGCUUCGACUGGUUGUGUUCUUUGCAAUUGCAAAAUAAGUAUUCGGUGUUACCUUCUUUGACGUGAAUGAAAUUUAAGUUGCAUCUUUUGUUUCUA